AUGUAUGUAACGGUACCAACACCGGCGCAUACACAUUUCCUAGUUUCCGCUGCAUUUUGCAUUUUGAGCAUGGCGGCGACAAUGGAGGCUAGUCCAGACUUUCCGCUUAGCGUCUCUUUCAGAUCUGCUUCAGAUUCCGCUCGACUUCUUCCAGGAUUGUCUGAUGACAUUGCACUGAUGUGUCUGGCAAUGGUUCCCAGGGGCUACUGGGGUGUCCUGAAAUGUGUAUCCAAAGCCUGGAGAGGCACAUUCAGCUCAGAAGAUAUAUGCUCUCUCAGAAGACUAAUAAAAAGAACAGAAAGUUGGUUAUAUGUGCUAACGCAUGGUGCAGGUCCCACUCUUCAAGCCUACUCUCCAGUGCUUGAUCGCUGGUUCAAGUUCCCCUGGAAAGCUAACCUUGCACCAGGCAGUAUGGUAGGAGUGGGUGAGCAUCUGGUAGUUGUUGGUGGGCGAGCAUCUGAUAGCAUCAACCCAAACACUGGAGAGCCUGAGCACCCUGACUUCACUUCACAGGUGAGGCUCUUCAAUGCAAGGACUCUGGCAUGGUUUGAUGGUCCACCGAUACCACAGGCCUUUCCAUGCCUAUGCUCCUGGAGUGAUGGCAGCAGGGCUUUCAUUGGGGCGUUAACUCGAGGCAGUUUUCAUGUUCUGUCGUCUGAGGUCCCUUUUGAAGAUGUGCAUGGAGUUGAAGCGCCUGUUGAUGCAACCUGCGGAGUAUUGCCCUCUAAUAAAGAUUCAAGCUGCACAGCCAACUUGAGAGGCACUGUUCUCAGGAAUUGGAGGACAUUUGCACAAGGCCCAGUUGACGUGCGUGAUGGCGAAGGUCGACAAGUGUACAAUGUUGCGAGUGCUCAACUGACUCCUUUCACCAUGAAUGGCAAGCAGCAAGUAGCAAUCUACAACGACUCCACAUCCCCAUCAGUCAUUUUUGAAGUCGACCCAGAGAAUGGAACCCAAGAGGCACGGGGGUGGGUGCCUGGCCCUCCACUGCCGUAUGGAGGUGGAACGGUUAUGGCGAUAGCGGUAUUGAGCAUAUAG